AUGGCUCCACAAAUUUCUGAGACAGAUAAGAAACAUAAAAAUGAGGAUAAAAAUAACAAACACACAGAUAAUCGUAAUACAUCAACAACUAAUAAUAAAAAAUCUAAAUCAUCUAUUAAUGGAGAUUUUGUUAAAGACAAAACAUGGACUCCUCUUCAUGAAGCAUGCCUAAAAAAAUCACAUAAUGUUGUUUGUUCUUUAAUUCAGGAGGGUGCUGAUAUUAAUGCAACAACAUCUGAUGGUAUAACACCUCUUCAUGUUGCUGCUAAACGUGGUGAUUAUAAUAUUGUUGAAAUAUUAAUAGCAUCUGGUAUUUCACAGUUACCUAUCUCUAAUGAUGGUUGUAGUCCUAUUGAUUAUUGUUCAGGAAAAUCUGAUUCUUGUGACGCUAUUAAAGAAAAACUUUUAGCUAUCAAAAAGAUGGAUGAUGAACAAUUUGCUGUUCCUAAAAAUAUUAAUAAUAGUAAAAAAAAAUUAAAUACUAGUAAUUUUGAUAGUGGUGAUGGAGAUUUAACAAUUGACGAGGAUGAUGAUAAGAAUAAUGACAAUUUUGUUGAACCACUCCCUCCUGAUAAUAAUUAUGUACCUAAUGAAAAAGAUGGAGGUGGAAAAAAAGGUAGAAAACGUAAUUAUUCUGAUAGAAAAGUAGAGGAUAAGGAUGAUAAUUUAUCAUCAAAUGGUGAUACUACUUCUACUUCUGAAGAUAAUUGUACUAAAAAAUUUAAAUCUACAAAAGAAUCUUCAAGUGGUGGAGAGGAUAAUACUAAUAUUGAAAGAAAUUCUAAUUCACCUAAUGAAAAAAAAGUUACACCUAUUAGGAUAAGAUUACAAAGAGCCGGAACUGAAGAUCGUACUGGACAGGAGAAUUCUAAUGAUAAAAUGGAAACAUCAACACCUACAAAAAAAAGUAGAUAUACACCACGUAGUCGAAGGCAGGCAAGUGUUGUUCCAGAAGAUUUUUAUGAUGAAUCAUCUAGUGAAACUAGAGUAACAAGAGCUAAAGCCCGUCGAAGUAAUUUAUCAUUUGAAGAUGGUUUAUCAAAUUCUAGAAAAAGAAGAAGUUAUCGUUCCUCUACAGUUGGUUUUCCAAGUGGUGAAAAUUCAAAAUCAGCUUCACCAGCUCCAUCAUUUUCUAUGGAUUAUAGUGAUAUUGAGACACCUUCAGGAAGUAAUGAUACAGAGGAAUUACAGGUAGCUCAACCUCAUUCAACAAUAAAUUCUUCCGGUCCUUCAGCAUAUGUAGAUAGUAUUGUAUAUACAUUAUUUGAUAAAAGUUAUAUUGAUAGUGCAAUAACAAUAGAAGAUGAAAAAUUUAAAAGAUAUGAAGAAAGUUUAAAAGAAGAAAGUGUAUUAGAAACACCUUUACCAGAGUAUACUAAAGAAUUUCUAACAUUUACUAAAAAAUACAAACAACGUGAGGAUUAUUUAGAGGAAGAAAAAGUAAGACCAAUAGAAAUAUUUCCUCAUUUACCAAUAGAUAUUCAACAUAUAUUAACAAAUCAUAGAAAAGCUUAUGAAGAUAUGAAAAAAAGGCAACAAGUAGAGAAAGAUAGAUUUAUCCUGACAAGUGAACGUGAAUAUUUACGAUCAUUAAGUAGAUCACAAUGUGAUCCUGGAAAACAUUUAUCUAUUGUACGUGUAAUAGCAGAAAAUCAUUUAUAUAAUCCUCAACAUUUUGACAAAGACCAUUCUGAAUGGAUUCCACCAGAAGGUUUAAGAGAAAAAUUAAUUGAAAAAAAAUAUAAAGAAGCUCAGUCAGGUUGCUGA